GUGACGUUCGGAGGAAGUUGUGACAGGUUUCAUCAAGUUGUGAGAUAGUACUUUUGCACAUAUAACACACUGUGACUGAGUAAAGGCACUACUCCCACUAUAAGUGAACCCCAAAUCAAUGUAGUUCUCAUCAUAUUUGCGCCUCUUCGAUGGUCCAACGUCCCUGUCUGCUGUUUGUUGCUUUCCCAGGUAGGCCAACACAUGCCUCCUCUCUUGUGCUCAACCCUCCCAGAGUGGUGGUGAGAUAUGGAGCUUCAGUCUCAGUCAACUGCAGCACAUCAUCCACAGACCAUGAGGGGAUGGGCUGGGAGGACACAUUCCCACAUAGAAGUUUUGAACAAGAUGUCAACAUUGUCACCUGGACUGUGGAUAACCUUACUGAUUGGACAAUAGAACCUACAUGCUACAUCACUCUCAUUGACAGCAAACAACCCUCAAAAGUACUUCCAGUCAUUCUCUACAAGACUCCAGACAGCGUCUCCAUCUCUGUUCUGAGACACUCUGGUCCCAUGGUGGAGGGGACACAGUACCAGCUGCAGUGUGACAUCCAGAACAUCGCUCCUCUACAGAACCUGAUUGUGAAGUGGUACAAAGGGAAUGAACCCUUAGAUAAUGUAACUUACAGUACUGUCAGUAAGACACCAGUGGAUGUGUCAGAUACUCUGAUGAUUAGCCCCAGUAGAAAUGAUGAUGGAGCUCAGUAUAGAUGUAGAGCAGAACUGGACCUGGGACCAGAGGGACCACAACCCCAUCCUACAGUGACAUCAUUAAUCAGCAUUACUGUGCACUACCUCCCCAACCUUUUCCAGACCUGAAGCUGAGAUCCUGGACAUCAGAGUGGGGGAGGAAAUCACCUUAAACUGCACAGCUACUGGAAAGCCCACUCCUCUGUACAGCUGGCAUUCUUCACAUGUCCAAGAAGCUCUUUUCACACCCCUCUCCAAGCUCCCAGGAACCUACACCUGCACUGCCUCCAGUCAGAUAGGCAAGAUCAGCAAGACUUUCACUGUGAAUCCCAAACCUAUAGGGGGCAGAACAACGUUCUGGGUCAUCAUAGGAUCUUGCCUGGGCCUGACCUUUGUGGUCGUGAUUGUCUAUGUCGUUGUCAAACAGAGAGCAGGUCCCAACUCCAUCAUCUGACCAGGCCAGAGGAAGAGAAUUUCUAUCGUCAAUGUGACCAGCAGGACUUCCUCAACAGACACUGUAUGAAUAAGAAUGGUUGUUUGCUCAAUUAUUAUGAUGGAACACUCCAAUCCUGCAUGGCUUAUAAAUCCAAAGAGUGCUUUCUAUUAGCCUACUCCAACCAAUAGCUUUGUGCCAUUUGUAUGUGGUGUUGUUUUGAAUGAGUCUUGGGCUGUGUCGGUGUGAACAUGUGGCGCGACACUACAAAGCAUUCAUUCACAGGCAUGUGUGUCCUGUUUUAUUAUUUGUUUUAUUAUCAAGCAUGUCUGAAUGUAGUCUCUCUUCUCACGGCCAUUGUGUCUCUGUCACGGAUGUAAAGCGGCUGGGAAAACAGGCUAGCCUGAUCGCUGUAGUCAGCAACAAGUGACCUUAUAUACAAUGAGAAAUGAGCCAUGCAAUGCAUCACUUCCUAUCUAAUGCUUUUUUUCUUUCUUGUUGCUCUCAAUUGGUGCUACCAGAGCCUUUUAACCGAUUUAAGUGUACUAUUCCAAGAGCCACAGGAAGCUUCUCUUCACUAUUGCUAAUUUUGUUCUCUGCCCACACUCUUCCAUUUUAUCUCUCUCUUUUACCUUCACAGCACCCUUGAUUCUCAGUAUUGUCAGUAUGUUUGAUGAUAGCUUUAAUCGUUUGUCUUUCACUUUCUCAACCUAUAUCCGUGGACCAUAGGGAAGUGGACAUGCAUACCGACAUGAACCCCAUGGACGCAGUCUCAGGGCUGUGAAGAGAGAAAGGCCACUAAUGUGUUUUAUCUAUCUCAGGUAUUUUAAUAGGCUACACAGUCAUAUCUCACCAUAGGUGGCUCACAUGGCCCUUUAAGAAGUUGCUAAACUGUGUUAAGUAGAAACAAUUCCCUGAUGAUGAUUUUGUUACUUGCCAAUUCUUUCUGUUUUGACAAGAGUGCAGUGGCACAGUUCUUCAAUAGUUGUCUUUUUUUGUUGAAUCACAAUCAGAGAUUUGGGUUUAUUUUUUAUAACAAUUUUUUAAACCAAUUCAUGCUAGAUUUCAAGGUAUGUUUACAGUUUUAAGUGCAAAGUAUGUUCAGUUCAGUUCACAUUGCACAGGGCUGGAAUAGCAUUGGUACAGUUGAAAAUGGUGCUUGUAAGUUGCACAGAACACUAUUUUUAGUUGCCCGAUGUAAACUAGCUUUUUACAUGUGAUGUUUGUGUAUUGUGUCGCUAACUAACUAUGUGUAUAUUGUCCAUUUGAUUUCAGCACUGAAUGUUGUUAUAUGCCGUCUUUAACAGUCACUAACACUCAUUCUCUACUUUAUUUAGACAUUUUUGUCAGCUUGCUUAUGUUUAUAUGACCUGUGAUGUGUGUGUUUCCAUCUGACUGCUCUUCCGUUCAGACAUUUAGUUCUCUCUUUGGAAUGUCAAUACUGUCAGGCUCAGCAUUGUGUCAGAGAUUCUGUUUCAGGAAGUGUUCUACUGCAACCUAUUUAGGUGAGACUGAUGCUGUCUUUCAUUUCAAUAGUGCUGCAACAUUGGUUGAAAGUUUUGCAUCUACAAUGCAGGUGAUGCAUGCAUACACAGCAUUCACUGUCAAACAUCAACCAGUUAUGCUCAUUGAGUUAAAGCUUUGGAAGAAUCAGUCUUUCACUGUGACAUGUUCCUCUACUGUCUUUUGUAUGCCAUUGGGAACCUUUCUCUCAUACAUCACUGUAACACUGACACCCCCAUACUAAUCAGUGCAAACUAAGGUCAAUUUAAAGAGAAGCAUGAAAGUCCCUCUGUUAUCCUGCCUACAGUGGCUCAUAUAAAUACUUCCUUUUUCAGAA